CCAGAAUAGUCGUCAAAUAAGGUCCUACCCACCUACUUCUUUACCCCAUUCCUUUUCUCUUAUGUCCUUUCAAAAUAUGGCCAAUGGAGCUGACUGCUCUACGGGUGCUAACCCAAUGUCUCAACUUAUGAAACAGUUCACUCAGGACAAGUCUUUACAGAGGGAUCGCUUUGAAUCUCCACAAGCAGGCCCAAGCGGUCAAUCGAUGAGAACAGCAAGACAGCCUGUCGGACCUGCAGAUCAACGUAUGUUGGACGAAUUCUUUAGCCAGCAGGAAUCCUCGGCUGGACCAAGGGCUGCCCAGCGAGGACCAGCAUUCCAAUUCUCAGACUUACACAAGGAACUCGACAAUAUCCAAAUGGGCCCUUCGCCACACCAACAAGGAGGGUGGGCUUCCGAAUUUAACACCAUGCCCGGUGGUCCGAAACUGUGGGAACUAAAUUCUGAUGAAGCCGCCGCAAUGGAACAGUCAUUCCAGGCUGGCAUGCUGAAUCGAGAAGGCCCCCCAUCGGAAUGGAGAGAGGAAUUUAUGAAUAACCCCGCGCUUUCACAUAUCGGUAAUGACCAAUACUCUGAACAAUUCGAACAAGCCUUCCAGAAGCAUUUUGAUUGGCAAAACGAGUUCAACCUGCAGCAAGACAAAGGGAAGGGAGUUGGCGAGAACGCUACUUGGGAACAAGAAUUUGCAGCAUACGAUAGCAAGCCGGAGUUGACUGAUGAAGAGCGAAUUGCAAAAGAAAUUGAAGAGGCUUCGGCUGCUGAGGACACAAAGUACUUUGAAAACUUUGAGUCUAUUUGGCAAAACAUUAAAGAUACCUCACUCGGUCCCGAAGGCUUUGAUAACGAUUGGGAAGACGAGUUUGCCAACUACAAUCACGACGGUGCAGAUACUCUCAAACCCGAUCUCGGUGAAUAUGUCUUUGAGAUUGAAAAUCCUUUCAUGAACCACCCAGACCCUAUGACAGAAGGUCUCCGAUUACUUGAACAAGGUGGAAGCUUGAGUGAGGCGGCACUUGCUUUUGAAGCUGCUGUACAAAAAUCACCGCUUGACUCACAAGCUUGGAUGCAUCUCGGUAACACUCAAGCUCAAAAUGAGAAGGAGGAGCCCGCCAUCCGAGCCCUAGAAAAGGCAGUCGAGGUCGAUGAAGGCAAUCUGUCCGCUCUCAUGUCGCUUGCUGUCAGUUAUACCAAUGAAUCCUAUGACCAUGCCGCUUAUCAAACUCUAGAGCGAUGGAUUUUACAAAGAUAUCCAGAUAUCGUCCCACCCAUGGCAGAACCUACAGAAAAUCCAUUUGAUCUUCAUGGACGCGUCACUGACAUGUUUUUGGCCGCUGCUCGCGCUGCUCCGGCCGACAAUAUGGAUGCCGACGUUCAAGUUGGUCUAGGCGUUUUGUUCUAUGGUAGCAACGAAUUCGAAAAGGCCGUCGAUUGUUUCGUUUCAGCACUGAAGGGUAGACCAGGGGACUAUUUGUUGUGGAACCGAUUGGGAGCUACUCUUGCUAAUAGUGGGCGAUCAGAGGACGCCAUUGAUGCAUACCACAAGGCUUUGGAGUUGCGACCUUCGUUUGUACGAGCACGAUAUAAUCUCGGUGUCAGCUGUAUCAACAUAGGAUGUUAUCAAGAAGCUGCUGAGCACUUGCUAGGAGCUCUGUCAAUGCAUAAGCGUAGUAUAGAAGAUGCGGAGGAAGGCGUCAAUGUUAGCAGUAAUCUAUGGGAAACUCUUCGAAAGACCUUCAUUAUGAUGGAUCGCCGUGAUCUUGCUGACAAGGCUAUGGUUGGAGCUGAUAUCAAUCAAUUCCGAGAUCAGUUUGAAUUCUAAACAGCAAUAUGCUGCAUCUUGUAAUUGCUUUUAUAGAUACACUGUUGCAUGCGCUCGGGCCAUGCCACUUUUUUUUAAAAAUUGUAAAAUGAA